UCUCUCUCUCUCUCUCUCUCUCUCUCUCCCUCUUUCUCAUCCUCUGAGAGUGGAGCUUCAACGCAGACAAUAAUGGCGAUUCGUCUAGGGUUUCUCGUUCCUGUUUCUUUGUUCCAGGUCCUGUUUGUUGUUUGUUUAGUACAUGCCGAGAAGUCCGACAGACGGUAUCUUUUGAUACCUAACGCCGUAACAGGGGAAAGGCAUUCUGAAGAAUAUUGCGCGAUGUAUGAUAUUUGUGGAAAACGUACGGAUGGAAAAGUCUUGAACUGCCCUCGUGGUUCCCCAUCUGUUAAGCCAGAUGAUUUGCUUUCGUCUAAGAUCCAAAGUUUGUGUCCAACAAUUACUGGCAAUGUUUGUUGUACAGAAGCUCAGUUCGAUACGUUACGGACACAAGUCCAGCAAGCGAUUCCUUUCCUAGUAGGUUGUCCAGCGUGCUUGAGAAACUUCUUGAAUUUGUUCUGUGAGCUUACCUGCUCUCCAAAUCAGAGUUUAUUUAUCAACGUUAGUUCGGUAUUGCAGGUUAAUAAAAAUAUGACCGUGAAUGGAAUUGACUUUUAUAUAAACGAUGCUUUUGGUGAAGGGUUGUAUGACUCCUGCAAGGACGUAAAGUUUGGUACCAUGAAUUCUCGAGCUCUAGAAUUUAUUGGUGCUGGUGCAAAAAACUUUCGAGAAUGGUUUGCUUUUAUUGGCAGACGAGCACCCCUUAAUGUGCCAGGUUCACCGUAUGCAAUAACAUUUCGGUCAAGUAUUCCAGAGACGUCUGGAGUAAAACCUAUGAACGUAUCUACUUAUUCAUGCGGUGAUAUAUCUUUGGGCUGUUCAUGUGGUGAUUGUCCUUUAUCUCCCGUCUGUGCUAAUUCAGUUUCCCCUCCUUCCAAUGAAGGGGGUUCCUGCUCAGUUCGAAUUGGAUCUCUUAAGGCUAAGUGCAUUGACAUCGCGGUAGCUAUCCUAUAUAUUGUUCUAGUUUCUGCAUUUCUGGGAUGGCGAUUGUUUUAUCUUAAUAGACAAAAGGAAAACGUACCUUCUAGAGCAAAACCAUUUUGGCAUGCAAUGGAAGGUGGCGAACUCCAUUCUGUUAACCAGCAAAAGGAAGAGAAUCUGUCAAUUCAGAUGCUUCAAGAUGCUCCUCAGAUUAGAAACGGAGUGCAACUGUCAAUUGUUCAGGGUUACAUGUCAAAUUUCUACAGGAUGUAUGGAAUAUGGGUUGCAAAAAAUCCAAUUUUAGUGUUGUGCUCAUCAUUGGCGAUAGUUUUUGUACUUUGUUUGGGUCUAAUUCGUUUCAAAGUGGAGACGCGUCCUGAGAAGCUGUGGGUUGGUCCAGGGAGUAAAGCGGCCGGGGAGAAGCAGUUUUUUGACAACCAUCUUGCCCCCUUUUACAGAAUUGAACAGCUUGUAUUAGCAACUAUCCCUGAUGUGGAUGGCAAGUCGCCAAGUAUUGUGACAGAGAACAACAUCAAGUUACUUUUUGAAAUACAGAAGAAGGUAGAUGGAAUUCAUGCUAAUUAUUCUGGCUCAGUAGUUUCUCUUGCUGAUAUUUGCAUGAAGCCAUUGGACCAAGAUUGUGCAACUCAAAGUGUUUUACAGUAUUUCAAAAUGGAUCCUGACAACUAUGACAAUUAUGGUGGAGUUGAACACCUCAAGUAUUGCUUUGAGCACUAUUCCUCUGCUGCCAAAUGUAUGAGUGCAUUUAAAGCUCCUCUAGAUCCCAGCACAGCUUUGGGAGGUUUCUCGGGUAACAACUAUUCUGAGGCAUCAGCAUUUAUAAUAACAUAUCCCGUAAACAAUGCUGUUGAUAAAAGAGGGAAUGCCUCUGAAAAGGCCGUGGCUUGGGAAAAGGCCUUUAUCCAGAUGUCAAAGGAUGAGUUGCUGCAACUUGUGCAAUCUAAAAAUUUGACACUUUCUUUUUCAUCCGAAAGUUCAAUUGAAGAAGAAUUAAAAAGAGAAAGCACUACCGAUGCCAUUACCAUAUUGAUAAGCUACCUGGUGAUGUUUGCUUAUAUUUCUCUUACUUUGGGUGACACACCUCAUCUAUCUUCCUUUUACAUUUCAUCUAAGGUACUGCUUGGUCUAUCAGGAGUUGUGCUUGUCAUGCUUUCUGUUCUUGGGUCUGUUGGAUUUUUCAGUGCUCUUGGAGUAAAAUCCACUCUUAUCAUAAUGGAAGUUAUACCAUUUCUUGUUCUAGCCGUUGGGGUGGAUAAUAUGUGUAUACUAGUGCAUGCUGUUAAACGGCAACCAAUGGAAUUGCCUUUAGAAGAGCGAAUAAGUAAUGCACUUGUGGAAGUUGGACCAUCCAUCACACUAGCUAGCCUAUCAGAGGUUCUAGCAUUUGCUGUUGGAACUUUUAUCCCUAUGCCAGCAUGCCGUGUCUUCUCCAUGUUUGCAGCACUAGCUGUUCUUCUGGAUUUCCUCCUGCAAGUUACUGCAUUUGUUGCUUUGAUAGCUUUUGACUUUUUGCGAGCUGAGGAUAAGAGAGUAGAUUGCUUCCCAUGCAUAAAAGUCCCAUCAUAUGCCAACUCCGAUAAAGGUGUUGGUGAAAGAAAAUCUGGUUUGCUGGCGCGGUAUAUGAAGGAGAUCCAUGCACCAAUUCUCAGUCUAUGGGGAGUCAAGAUAGUUGUCAUUUCCGUUUUUGUUGCCUUUACACUGGCUAGCAUAGCACUAUGCACUAGGAUUGAACCUGGUUUGGAACAAAAGAUUGUCCUCCCCCAAGAUUCUUAUCUUCAGGGGUAUUUCAAUAAUGUUUCAGAAUAUCUCAGAAUUGGACCUCCCUUGUACUUUGUCGUGAAGAACUACAACUACAGCUCAGAAUCAAGACAUACAAACCAGUUGUGCUCAAUCAGCAGAUGUGAUUCCGACUCUCUGUUGAAUGAGAUUUCAAAAGCAUCUUCAACUCCGGAAACAAGUUACAUAGCUAAGCCUGCCGCUUCAUGGCUUGAUGAUUUUCUUGUGUGGAUAUCCCCAGAAGCAUUUGGAUGCUGUCGGAAGUUUACCAAUGCGACUUAUUGCCCUCCUGAUGAUCAGCCUCCUUGCUGUUCCUCCAAUGAUGGUUCUUGUAGCCUGGGUGGAGUCUGCAAAGAUUGUACCACGUGUUUCCGCCACUCAGAUCUGCAGAAUGACCGCCCAUCUACCACACAAUUCGAGGAUAAACUUCCAUGGUUCCUAAAUGCUCUACCCUCUGCUGCCUGUGCUAAAGGUGGCCACGGGGCUUAUACUAGCAGUGUGGAACUCAAAGGCUAUGAGAGUGGUAUUAUUCAAGCAUCAUCAUUUCGUACAUAUCAUACGCCUUUGAACAAGCAGAUUGACUAUGUAAAUUCACUGAGGGCUGCCCGAGAGUUCAGUUCAAGGGUUUCCGAUUCUUUGAAGAUUGAGAUUUUUCCAUAUUCAGUGUUUUACAUGUUCUUUGAACAAUACCUUGAUAUUUGGAAGACAGCGUUAAUCAAUCUUUCCAUCGCUAUUGGUGCAGUGUUUAUUGUUUGCUUAAUUAUCACAUGCAGUUUCUGGAUUUCAGCAAUCAUUUUAUUGGUGUUGGCAAUGAUUGUUGUGGAUAUCAUGGGUGUAAUGGCGAUUCUAGGGAUCCAAUUAAAUGCAAUCUCUGUUGUUAAUCUUGUUAUGUCCGUUGGAAUUGGUGUAGAGUUUUGUGUUCAUAUGACCCAUGCUUUCUCGGUAAGCAGUGGAGAUAAAGACCAACGCACUAAAGAGGCUCUAGGUACAAUGGGAGCCUCCGUCUUCAGCGGGAUUACGCUAACGAAGCUUGUUGGGGUGAUUGUCCUUUGCUUCUCAAGGACGGAGGUCUUUGUGGUAUAUUACUUCCAAAUGUAUUUAGCCUUGGUGCUUCUCGGUUUCUUGCAUGGCCUUGUAUUCCUACCAGUAGUAUUAAGCAUGUUUGGUCCACCUUCAAGAUCUGUGCUCAUAGAACAGCAAGAAGGUCGGCACUCCGUCUCAUCGAUACAACAAUAAGCUGAUCGAAGAGUUCUUUUUGUAGGGAUAGCUCAACAUGUAAAUUAUGACAUUAUGUAAUGUUGUACUAAUGUUGAAAGUAAUCAGGGGAAGAAGGUAUAGGUUUUUUUU